CAUUUCCCCCCCCUUUUUUUUUGUCAUUUUAACCCCAGCACCUCCAAUCACCCAUUUUUCUCAUAAAUAUUUUAAUAUAUACACUGUGAAGUAAGAAUAUAUUAAACAAACCAAAUCCUCCCCACCCACAAAAAUCCUUUUUUUAUUUAUAUAAAAAAAAAUCUUAUUAGUGAAAAGAAAAUGAAAGGUGAAUAUGUAUAGCCCAAAACUGAAACCUCCAACAUGUUCUCCAAACUUCAUCACCCUUCCCAACACCAACACCAACACCAACACCAACACCAUUUCUCUCAUCACUUCCAGCUUUCUCGUGAUACAUCCGAAUCCGACGAUACCAGUCGGAGUACUGGUGGACCCACUACUUCAAAUCCUGCUCAGAAGCCGGUCGAGGGUCUCACCGCCAUCGGAGGUAGCGGUUCGGGAGAUGGCGCCAGUAUCGAAGUUGUUCGUAGGCCGCGCGGGAGGCCGCCGGGGUCCAAGAACAAGCCCAAGCCGCCGGUGUUUAUUACACGCGAUUUUGAGCCUCCGAUGAGUCCCUACAUUCUCGAAAUCCCCGGAGGGAACGACGUCGUCGAGGCUAUUUCGCGAUUCUGCCGGAGGAAAAGCAUGGGGAUUUGCGUGCUCACCGGGUCCGGCGCCGUCGCUAAUGUUACACUCCGCCAGCCCUCAACUACUCCCGGCGCCACCAUCACUUUCCAUGGCAGAUUUGAUAUUCUCUCUAUCUCCGCCACCUUCCUGCCUCCUCAAACGGCGCCGUGUCCUCCCGUUCCUAACAUGUUCGCGAUAUCCCUUGCCGGCCCCCAGGGCCAGAUCGUCGGCGGUUCUGUUGCUGGCGCGCUCAUCGCUGCAGGGACCGUCUACAUCAUCGCCGCCAGCUUUAACAACCCUUCUUAUCACCGUCUACCGGCGGACGACGAGGCGAGAAACACAGCAUCUGGAAGUGGAGGAGAGGGGCAGUCACCUCCUGUUUCGAGCGCUGGUGGUGGGGAGAGUGGACACGUGGCAGCCGGAGGAGCAGGUGGAGAGUCGUGCGGGAUGUCGAUGUACAGUUGUCAUUUGGCGCCUUCUGAUGUAAUCUGGGCUCCCACUGCCAGACCUCCACCACCUCCACCGCCUUACUGAGUUUGCUUCCUCCAUUUCUAAAUCUCUGUGAAUUAAAUGGGUACUUAUAAAUUUAGAUCGAUUAUCUUUUUCUUCUCGGAUUAAUUAGUGAUCAUGUCGACUUUGAUGAUUGAAAGUUUUUUUUUUUUUUUUAAUUUUUUGUUCUUGAUUUCGAGUUUUUGAUGUCUUCUUUAUCACUUCAUCUUAUGUAGUAGUCUUUCUUCUUCGUUAUUCUAUAUAUAAACUGUAGCUUGCAGGAGAUGAUAAAUGAAAGAUUAAUUAUAAUUAGCAAAA